GUUGGGCAUCGCUUCUCUCUCUGCACGGACCUGGUGAGGUGGAAUGGACUCGAGCUCAAGGUGAAAUGGGACGAGGGACCAUGACGAGCGGCAAGCAAUGCGACUCUGAGCAUGCAUGCAGGGCCAAUGGAAUGGAUGUGAUGAAUCGAGACCUGGACCUCAUGGAUGGGCGUGGGGUUAUUGCAGCAGGCAGCUUGUCAAAUAGGGGGAAUAACCUUGUCUUACAGAGAUGGAUUGUCCAUGGAAUGAUGCAUUGAAGCACGUGAACGAUGCUAGUUGAGUGGGACGGUCUCUCAGGCCUCAGAAAGGCCAUCAGGGACUAGGGUAAGAGGUGCCAAUGGCCUAGAAAGGAAGCUGUUGCUUGCUUAGGAAACUGUUUCUGGUACCGCGCAGGUCACUCCCCGAACACCCAGCUCCUAGAUUUCCUGCAGCAAGCCUGUACAAGCAGUAUGCCUGUAUAAGUAAGUGUAAACAGUGAUAGCAUCAGAAGCUGAAGCUUUAUAUCAUAAUGAGGUGGCCAGAUAUGAAGCGGGGUUGCAGGCCGGGGCCCCCCACAAAGUUGACGUUAUUUUUGGCAGUCUGGCUGCUAGCAGGAGUCGCCGUGUCAGUGGGAACCUUCUUUGUCCUCUUUGAGCAACAGAAGCAUGACAAGAGCAUGACGUGCAAUGAGCGGUGCGUGAACAGGGCAAAGGCCUAUCAGAGUGAGCUUUAUGCAAGCUUUGAAACCAUCAACAUGUACAGCGGUCUGGUCAAGGCCUAUCCCAACGUUACUUCGGAGGACUUCCAAAACUAUGCCAAUGAGACAAACAUCCUGGUCCCGUCCUCCCAAGGCGUGACUUACAUCAAGCACGUCCUGGGUCCAGAUCGUGCUGCCGCAGAGGCGGUGCUGGGGGCACAAUUUACGCAAUAUGGUACCCCCGACAGCAAUGGAAGCCCAACCUUUGUCACCAGGGAUUCAGCACCAGAGUACUUUGUGACUUGGAGGGCCUCGCUCCCCCAGUACGAGCGCCUCUUUGCCGGGUACGACACUUUGAGCAACCCCCGGCUCGCCGCAGUUGCAAAGCUGGCCCGCGACACAGGGCAGCUCACAGUCACGUACCCCUUUCCCAGCGUGCUCGGAACUACCGCACUCGGCAUGUACUAUCCCGUUUACACGAACCUGCCACCACAGCCAGUGAACGCAUCAUUGGAGCAGCUACGACAAGGGCUGGCAGGUUUCAUCGUUUCGGUAUUCAAUGCCACGGCGCUCUUCAAGGAUGCCGACAAGCGUUUCCAGACGCAGCUGGGGAGGCUUAGAUUGUAUGACGUCAGCGGACCCCCAAAUCUGGGUCCACAGCCCAGCUUGAUGUACCAGACGCCGGAGAGCCCCCCCUCAAGGUAUCGCUUCUCUGCAACUUCCACGUACAACUUAGGCGGGCGCUCUUACAGGUUGGACUGCAGUGCCGACGCCAGCAUUCGUUCUAUACUUGGCGCACCUCUCAGCUGGGCCGCUGUCUUGCUCGUGGUGUUCCUGGCGAUUGGGCUGUCCGUGUAUGUCGUUACGAAGUGGAUACAGCAGAAGAAGGCUGAGGUUUACAGGAUCGAGAAGCUGAACAAGGAGUUUGAGGCGGCCCGUCACAAGGCUGAGAGCGCGGACAAGGCCAAGUCUGCCUUCCUCGCCACCAUGUCCCACGAGCUGCGCACCCCACUGACCGGGACCCUGGGCAUGCUUGAUCUGCUGCGCCUGACGCCGAUGACGGAAGUCCAGAGCCUGUACGUCUCGACCAUGCAAAGUUCAGCGGAGUCCCUGCUGGGGUGCCUCAACGACAUCCUGGACUUCUCCAAGAUUGAGGCGGGGCAGCUGCGGCUGGAAGAGAUCGACUUAGACGUUGCAGCGGUCGUGCACCGAGUGGUGGCGCUCUUCUCGGGGAAGCUAUUGGAGAAGGGGCUUCGGAUCGAGCUCGAGCUGCCCGAGCCGGCUGACUGCAUGGCCAAGGGGGACCCCCUUCGUUUGCAGCAAGUCCUGUCGAACCUCUUGUCGAACGCGAUCAAGUUCACCGAGAGCGGAGGUAUCACGGUCCGCUGGAGGCGCCUACCGCAUCCCCCACUUGGGAACGGCAUCCCCGAACGAUAUAGCCCCGACAACAAGGGUGACGCAGUGAUCGAUUUGGAGGAGCCUCAAGACGCCGCUCGAACACGCUGCCUCGAGAAUAUGCUUCGGAGAAGAACCUCGCACGCACGCAGUGGCGCAAGCGUCGGCACCUCGGAGGGCGGCGCAGUCUACGGCCCGGGACUACAGCUCCCGCAGAGCGACGGCCCAGAUGCUUCAAGUCUGCCAGGUGGCAGCGCCACGUGGCACGAGUUUAGCGUUACCGACACGGGCGUCGGGAUUGCGCCCGAGUCCCAACGGAAGCUCUUCAAGUCGUUCGUGCAGGCGGAUGAUACUACGACCCGGAUGUAUGGCGGCACCGGGCUGGGCCUCGUCAUUUGCAAGAAGCUAGUGGAGGCCAUGGGCGGAACGAUUGCUGUACAAAGCGAGCUGAAUAAGGGGACCACCUUCACGUGCUCAGUGCGCCUUCAGCGGUGCACCGGCCCGCUCACUCGGCGGCCGUCCCGUACGCUCAGUCUCGCCCCCUCCCGGGGACCGCCCCCGGUGCGCAUGGACGAUCUCAUCCGGCUCUCACCCAAGGGCCCGCUCGAGCCCCGAGCGGCUCCAGUUUCCACAGAGCCAGCGACUAGAUCUCUGCAGCCUGCCGGAGAAAUCGCCGAUCAGGCAGGCCGGGAAGGAACGUCUGAUCAACCAGGUCGGGGGGUGACAGGCCCGGUAGUCGACGAAGGGCGGGAAAGCCCGCAACUAGGCGAGGGGGGAAAAGAUGUGCGAGUCGUUAAGACGGAAGCAGCUUCGCAUCGACAUGCUGGGGGAAAAGCGGGUGCGCCAGAACGAGCAGCACAUGGGGGAGAACUGGAAGGCAAACGCGAAGACGAGGAAAAGGAAAGUGCGGGGGCUUUGCUCAGUGGUGGUAAGAGCCCUCGAAAGGGGACAGAAGCAAAGGAAGAAGUGAUGGCGAAGUUCCUGACGGGAGUCGGGGCUGAGGGAGAUGGGACAGCGCUUAACAGUGCGGAGCAGCAGACAUCGCCUACGGGGGAAGAGCGGCGGUCUGCCGGAGACGCCUCCUCGGGAUCGUCGUUGAGAAACGACAAAAGUCCAGGAGAAUCGGGGUCUAGCUUGCAGGCAACAAGCAGUCACAAAAACAGCCCGGGGAUCACGCCCCGAGUGUCGGUCGAGGGUCUUCGCGCCCAUGUCGAGGAGCCGGGGGAAAUCUCCGAGGUCUCGACGGCGCCCCCUAGUGUUGAGCUCAGCAGCAGGAGCGUCACCGAGAACGGUUCUCCUUCGGUCAGCGGAAUCUCUAGUUACGGGAGCGGAAUCUCCAGCUACGGAAGCGGCAACUUCGGUUCGAUUCAGGAACAGGGACCCUCGCAGUUGCACACGCGCGCCCGCAUUCUGGUGGCGGAGGAUAACGUGGUCAACCAGUUGCUCAUCAGGAAAAUGCUGAAGCACCACGGGCAUGACGUGGACGUUGUGGGCAACGGGCGGCUGGCCGUGGACGCUGUUCGGACCAAAGCGUAUACGCUCUGCCUCAUGGACCUGCAGAUGCCAGUGUUGGACGGCAUACACGCAACGGAGGAGAUCCGCCAGCUCGAAGGGCCAAGCUCUAGACUCCCUAUUUACAUCCUUUCGGCGGACGUUCUCGCGCAGAACAAGCUCCGGCACUUGAACAUAGAUGGCUACUUGACCAAACCCAUCUCCUGGCCCACCGUUUUUGCUGUGAUCAGCGAGCAGUUGCAAGCGCAGGGCGCUGUUUCUUGAGGGCGUAAUGGGAAAAAAGUUUCUUGCGAAGAAGAGUUUCCUGGCGCUCUUAACCUGGAUGUAGCAUAAUGUAUUAGAGUAGUGCAUCAAGUAGCGUGCUCUGGGUGUUUUGAAGCCAAUCGCAUUUCGUCAAGUACACUAGUAAUCCGAGCAACUUUUUCAGUGUUGCUACAUAGGCUAGGGCGAAGUAUGUUGCGUUGAGCAGAUUUUGAGCUAGGACGUCAUUAGAGUGUUCAAGAACAAACGCGCCUGCGUGCAACUCGCGCGAGGCGCUGCGCAUCAGAUAGUCAGUUAGGUGUGCAUUAUUGUGAGGCUUGGGCCUCACCACCAAGGCCAACAGUCAACCAACAUUUUGAGUCCAUUGUGGGCGUGGCGGGCGUGGACGUCGGAAUGGACCGUCGAGCUUAUAGGCCUAGGUGAAUCUUCACUGCAAGAACGCAACAAGAGAAAAGACUGUCGCUUGGUGAUUGCAGUAUAUCAAUUGCAGCUCACUAAAAAGCUCAUGCAAGUCGCUCGUUGACUGGGAC